AUGCGGUUUUUGCUAUUCUUUAUCCAGAGCUGGUGGUGGUUAUUGGUAUUCGUUACUGCUACGGAAACUAGCUCUAAUCCAAGCCUGAAGUUUCCUGAACCUUUAACAGAGGAAAACUUCAAGAGUACUAUAUCUGAGAAUCUACAUAUAGUGGAAUUCUUCAGUCCUUAUUGUCCUCAUUGUAAGAGUUUGGCACCAAUAUGGGAAGCGACGUAUUUUGACUUUUACGAGGAAUCGCAGAAGCUCAAUAUAUCCUUCCAUCAGGUGAACUGUAUUGAGUCUGGCGACUUGUGUGAACAAGAAAAGAUUAUGUUUUAUCCCAACAUUAGACUUUAUGGGCCAGAUGGAUAUAUUAAAGAUUACCCAGGAGGAUCGGUGCAUGCAAAGGAGGAUUUGAUCAACUUCGCAAGACAAGAGGCACUGGAUGCCGAUAAUCUGGAUCUUACCAAACUUCGCAGUAAAAGUAAGUUUGCCACAGAUGCAGAUCUGUUAAAGCUUUUGUCAGAACCCCAAACUGAGCCAUAUCUUGUUUCCUUUUGGCCAUCAACUGAUUUCGAAGAUGUUGAUUCCUCAUAUUCUUUCAAAGACUGUGAGAAGUGCUCGCAGUUCCAAAGGAUAUGGAAGCUAGUUAGCAACAAGGCAGAUUCCGAGGGAAUAACCACGAUUCACUUCAACUGUGCUAACAAUACGAAAAAUUCAAAGAACGACUUAAUAUGUAGGGAGUUAUCUUACGAUUCUCUCACCAAUGAAAGAAGUUCAAGAGAAGACAGAUACCCUAGAGUAGCAUUAAUAUUACCACAUUUCAAAAGUGGUAGUUUCGUCAAGUUCCCAUACGGUAAACUGCAGUCCGAUAGCUAUAGCAUCAUGGAUUUUGCUGUCAGAACAUUGCACAACAGUAAAGUUCCUGAAAUUGAUCGUUUCGAAAUACAAAAUUUCGUGGAGCAACCAAUGAAGGAUAUAUUGUCACCUGACAUUGAAGAUGAUAAGAUGAUUCUUGUGUUCAACUACGACCCUAAGACUGUUGUUCCGGAAGAUACGGAAUUUUUGGAACAGUUAAUCGAGCCACUCACGUACUUGCCGAAUGUGUACCUUUACAAGUGUCCUUCAGACUUGAUGGCACUAAGCCAUAAUUUCUACAAGAAAUUGUAUGAAAAAUUCAACGUCGAUCCUGCUGUUGAGUUUAGUGAAAAUCGUUUUAUUGCCUCCUCUAUUACGCAGUUGCCAACGUUCUAUUUGUUCAAGAAAUCGACAUUUACCCCAAUCAUAUUCCCCGGGUUCUCAACUACAGAAACAAGGGAUAUCAAAACGAUUCUAGAUUGGUUGACAAUCAAUUCAAUGCCACUGGUUAACGAACUUACUCCAAGAUCAUACAGGCCAUUAAUUGGCUUCGAGCCAGAAAUCUAUGAUAAAGCAGUGAUACAGGUCAUAAACAGAUCAAGUAAUAAGUUUGAGAAAGGAUCAAGAAAACUCGUCGAGGGGCUAAGAGACGCCGCUCAUAGUUAUGAAGUUGUACGAGACGAAAUUGUAUAUGACAGUCUUCAACUGGCAAGGGAUGACAAGAAUAAAGCAGUUGAUAAACUAAAGAGUAAAAAUGUCCCUUCAAGACGAGUUGUAGAAGCAAUGAGGAAAGAAAUCGAUCACAUUUAUGAUCACAAAGCUCUUUUCUUGUAUCUUGAUAUUAACUCAGAUCCUUUCUUUUUAGAUGACUUGGGACUAAAUGCAAAUCGUAGAGAUUACAAGACGGGGGAUAUUCUCAUUUUCGACAAGAAGAAUGGAUUCUACUACGAAAAAGAUGCUAAGGGUGAAUAUCUUACUCUGAAAACCUUGCCAAGAACCCUAGCCGCUAUAAACUUCCCACAGCGAUACCCGGAACUGCAAAUUGAGCGUGUUAGAGUUGUAACUCCAUUUGCUGUCCUUUACAAUCUCGCAGACACAUUCCGUGAGGCCACGGGACUAUAUUACUUGCUUGUCCCAGUCAUGCUAUUCACAUUGUACAAACUUCCUAAGGUGAUCCAAUACCACAAACUAAAGAAAAGGUAUGCUGCCAAGAGAGAUACGCACGGUAUUCUUGGAGCAAAGCUGAGUAAAGAAACCAAGUUGAUAGACUAA